AUGGCUGAUCCCAACUACAAAUACGAACCCCCCAGUGGGCCGCCUCCCUCUAUGCCACCUCAAGUUCACCAUGACGCUGGCCCCUACUAUCCACCCGAUGCGCCCAUGGGCGAUCCUCGCGGUCCUAUUCCCAACAGCUAUCCACCAGCUCAAGGCCCGACUGGCUAUUAUGGUCCGCCACAGGCAGGUUGGAAUCAGGGUCCUCCAGGACCAUGGCCUCCUCAACCUGGUCAAGGUCCGCAGCCCUACGGACACUACGGACCACCUCAGCCGGGCAUGUACUAUCAGCAAGGUCCGCCAGUAGGAUACAUUGACGACAGAAGAGGGGGUGGAGGCGCUGGUGGUGGAUUUUACCAUGAUAUCGUGAAGCCACCGACAUUGACCAUGACCGAUGAAGACGCAAACGCGCAAAGGGGAUGUCUGGGCUACGUAUUGUCACGAUAUCUGAAGCCGAAAACAAAGGGCAGCCACAGAAAUAAUGAGAGCGCAUCACCCACAGCAUUAGCCAGCGUUAUAGCUGGGGGGCAAAUAUCACAGCAGGACACAUUCCCAUCCGGGCGGGCCCAAACAGCGGCGAUCAUAAUUCAGUUGACACCGGAUUCUACUUUCCACGUUACCCAGCCCACACCCACGCGCACACGCACACAACCGAAUAUCAUUGAAGCGGUAGAAAAGGGUAUGGAUUUCUUCUACCUCUACCUCAACCUCAACAGCAACAGCAACAGCAACAGCGGAAGCACUAGCACUAGCACUAGCACAUGCAGAUCCAGACCCAGAUCCAUAUGCGCGGCCGCGACACGCGAGCUCCCACUGCCCAUUCUUGGCGUGGUCCCGGGCGUCCUCGGAGCCGAGUUGUGGAUCUGGCUGCUCGACACGUACCGGCAAAGACAGGCAGCACCGGAAGGCUAG